AUGGCGACGGUAAUCGUCCGCCUGCCUUGUGGAAGAGGUGCUCCCAUGUCCCCGACUAGACCUGUCGAGCAGGCCGCCACCGACGCUGGCGAAUCCGUCGAGUCGCUUCUCGAGGCGUUCUUUGCCUCUCACCAGCCCUCGGCUUGGCUGGGCGACUCGCAUCCGGGUUCUCCGGCUCAGUCAGCUUGGUACACCUCGCAUCCCGGCUACAUGUCGAUGGGCGAAUUGCCAGGUCCCCGUCAUCUGAUUCCACCGACCUACCCUGCAUCUCUUCACGUUUACCCUCCGGAGCCCGCACUGCACCAACCGUCGCCUUCACAUCAUUACGCGCCGGAUCGAUCGCAGGCGGUUCUUCCCGUACCUCCAACUGAGGGAGUGCAUUCAUCUGCUCAAGUCUCCCCUCCGCCUCUACCGGUCACAUCCGAGAUCGACAACCGGUUGAUCUUUGGUGAGAACUUCGCUGGAAGCUUCUUUGCCGCGAAUCCGCGCAUGCAGAGCGGCAAUGCGAUCCGCACGAUUGUCCAGCCGCAGUACGUGCUCGAUCUGCUCAUCACGGAGCUGUUCGCCGGCGUCAGAGGAACGUGGGUGCAUCUGCCCGUUCUGCUGAAGCCAGAAUACAUGACCAACCCUGACUUGAUCACUAUGGAGGCCCUGGGAUAUCGAGUUCAGGCCAAGGAGCUUCGACUGCAAGAUGCGCAGCGCGAGCGAAAGCUUCUCUUCACCUUUUCUGUGAAGCCGGACUUUGUUGCGCCUCCAAAGCCUCUACCCCAUGCACCGGGUCAGGGCGCCGAACAGUCGUACGUCGGUGUGUGGGAGCUGCUGCCGACCUCGGAUGCUCGUUCGUCCAAACUGUUCUUGCGCGGCUACUUUGACUAUUCGGCGCAAGAGUUCAGCGAUCUCGAUGAGCAUCCUCAGGCCACAGGAUUGCAGUAUUGGCUUUCAGUGAAGCAGGCCACAUCGCAGCAUUCCAGCCAGCCUGUUCUGAAGGUCAACCUCGAGAGACUGGACGUGCUUUCGUCUCAGGCGCUGCUUCCGAUUCAACCCCAAGAUGCCCAAACUCCAAUCGUUGACUUUGGCGCCCGCCUGAAUCUUGGCAGAUCCUUCGACGGUCGACCGACGUCUCUGUACCAGGAGAUUCUAGAGACCCACUCCAUCCUUGACGAAUUGAAGACGAGGGCGCACUUGGGCACGCGGGCGUUUGGUCAGGUGCAGAUGACCGAGGUUCAGAAAAGGCAGAUUACCGCAGUGAUCUCGCACAAGUUCCACCUACCGGUGCCCGUCAAGAUUCUUCGCCGCGAACGUGACGAGUUUACGAUGCUCAUCUUUCACCCGGAGCUCAAUUGGGUCACCAACCACGUCGCCGACGUGGUCUCGGUGUGGAAGGUCACAGCGGGCCAAGGGAGGAUGCGCGACCUGUUCAACACUGGCUUCUAUCAUCUCACGCCAGAGAUGUGGGGCAAGCUCACCGAGGAUAGGAUCCCCGGGCUGUACGACGCCAAAUUCCGGUGGAGCAUCGCGGCCAGGGACAGCAACAAAAGGCCGCGGAUCAGGAUGUCGAUCCCGCCAAACGUGUAG